GGGCGUCAAAUACCAACACUAACGUGAUGACGUUGCAGGAGCGGUAACUGAUCGUUAUUUAAAAAUAUAAGAGUACAGAAGAAGGAAGAUUAUCUGUGUUUGUAGGACGAAGUGGUAUUAUGGCAUUGGAAAAGCAUACUGGUCUUGAGGUUUUGCCUGAUGAGUGGCGACUUUAUGUCUUAGAAAAUCGGCUUCGGACAUAUGUUAAUUGGCCUUUCACGGAUGAUUGUAACUGUACCCCGUAUAAUAUGGCUUCUGCAGGCUGGCUUCAUUGCCCAAGUGAGAAUGGACCUGAUGUAGCACAGUGCUUCUUCUGCUUUAAAGAGCUUGAGAACUGGGAACCAGAAGAUAGUCCUCUGGAGGAACAUGCAAAACAUUCCCCUGCAUGUGGGUUUGUCCAACUGAAAAAGAAGGUAGAAGAGCUGACUGUGCAGGAGUUUCUGAAGCUUGACAAGGAGCGGGUGAAGAAUCGCACAAAUAAACAGUAUGCUCUGAAGACUGCUGUUUUCAAUCAGAUGGCUGAAAAAGUACGACAGUCCAUUGAAAACCUAGGAUCUUAGCCUUUAGUGUGUGUACAGAAAGUAUGCAAGUGUAGUCUUUUUAAACUUUUUAUACAUGUUUGUACUGUUCUGUGUAAAGAAAAAUAGAUGUUUUAUGAAUGUUAUACUGUAUUUUUUUGUGUAAAUAAAAUGUAAUUUGAAAAUGUCAA